UAUAACCUACCGUAAAAUUUAAGGUACCCAACUUUCAUUAUGGCAGCGUUAUUUAUUCCCCUUUACCUCUUAAUAAAAAUAGGAACAUUAUUAACAUCGUACUUUCAAUUUAGAAGGACGAAAACGAAAGUUAUUUAUUCCAGUUCAAACUUUUUAAUUGUGAAUAAAGGUACAGAUUUUAAAAUAAAUAGCAACAACAGUAAAGAGGUGACGGUUCAAACAUUUCUUAAAUGGAAAUAUCCAAAUAUAGCAAAUAGCAAGCUUUAUCAUGAAUUUUACUACCCUCAUCGGCUAGACUAUGCCACAAGUGGAAUUUUAUGUAUUCCAACAAAUAAAAAAACUUGUAAAGUUGUAUCACAGGUGUUUUCAACUAGGGUGGCUAGAAAAUACUAUAUUGCUAUAGUGCGGGGAUCUCUAUCUGAAGAAAUACUGGACAUUAACAUUCCAAUAGGAGAGGACAUAAGAUAUAAAGACAUACAAAAAAUGUGCACCAUAAGUGAAGCAGCAUUCUGUAGUAAAUCACGGUGUGCAAGGACGGUAUUAAUUUCCAUUGAAAAAGGAUUAUUUGAUAUGUAUCCUGCAACGAAAGUUUUAUGUCGACCCAUAACUGGAAGGAGACAUCAAAUAAGAGUUCACUGCUUUUCAGUAGGCCAUACAAUAGUUGGAGAUUUUACAUAUAGUAACAGGAAAGAUAAUAAACCCCCUCAAAUGUAUUUGCACUGUAUUAGGCUGAGACUACCAAAUCACAUAGAAGAUAUAGAUAUUGCAACAGACGAUCCAUACAGAGGAAUUGAAAACUGGUCUUCAGUUAGAACUCUUAUGACAAUAUCAGCGGCCUACAAUAAAAUUGAUGAAUUUAUUGAAACAAAGAUUUGAAAUUUGUCUUUCUUACAUUAUUUAUUACAUCCGUUUUAAA